AUUCUCAAUUCUUUUUCAAUUUAGCGAUUGCAAUUUUGCGAAUUUGUUUGUCUUUCAUUAAGAUUGUUAGUUCUGUUUUUUAAUAUACGAAAACGUUUUCGAGAACCACCCGAACAUCGAUGGGAAUCUGGGGAUCACGAAUUCGAGUCGAAUACCACAAGUCCGCGUUUAGACUCCGAUUGAGAUAGAGUUACAGUUUCGAGCCUGAUUACCACCGGAUAUCACAUCACGUUCUUCUCCAACGCACGCUGAAAAGUCCGAGCUGAUCGUAAUUGCGAUCGACUCGACAUGGGCAGAAACGGACGAAUUGCCUUCAGGGCAGGUAUUCUCGGACUGCUCGUUCUAAUCGCGUCGCAAGAAGUAACGACCGACGAAGAUGUCUUGAACUUGACACCGAAGGGUGAAACCUCCGAGAGAGGACCAGGAUCCAGGCACACCAGGGCACUCAGUUUUUUUUCCUACCUUCCUAAUCCUGUCGAUCAUAUCUACAAUUUCUUCGGAUACCAUCCGCAUGUCGGUCAAAUUCACCCCCCGAAUACGGUGGUGCAUCCGCAGCCACCGAGCAUUGGAAUUCCACCACCGUCGAUUCCGAUUAAUUAUGGCGGAGGUUCGGUGAACGCGCAACCGGGGCAACCGGGUCAAGGAGGUCAAGCAACCUGCGGCGACAGAUUCGACGGAGUCUGUGCGAAGUCCAGGUACAGGACGCUGGACGGGUCCUGCAACAAUCUUUAUCAGCCAACUUGGGGCCAGGCAAAUACUCGCUAUUCUCGACUGUUGCCUGCCAAUUACGCGGAUGGAAUUCACGAACCGACUCGGUCAGUCAGCGGGAAUGACUUACCUCUUUCCUUGGACGUUAGCCGCACGGUUUUCGGUGAAUUAGACGUCGACGAUCCCCAAAGGACACUCGGUUUCAUGCAAUAUGGACAAAUCAUCACGCACGAUAUGGCGAUGAUUGACGGAACGACGCAGUCCAAUUUGCAGAACAAUACCUGUCCGUCAAAAGCCAACUCUGCAUCGACUGCAUGCCCUUAUGCUUCUUCCGAAUCUAUGCAGAAACCUCACGCGACGAAAUGCUGCUCCGACCAAGGUCAGUUCAUACCGGAAGCUUUGGACAGUCCGUUGUGCUACCCUAUAUCGGUACCGGACCACGAUCCGGUUUACGCCGGUACCGGAACGAAGUGCAUGAACUUUGUUCGUAGUACAACUGACCUCGACCGUGGCUGCUCCUCGCAGUAUGAGCCGGCAGAACAGCUAACAACUGUAACGCACUUCCUCGAUUUGUCUGUGCUUUACGGUUCGAGCAAGCAAACUUCAGCGAAUAUUCGCGAAUGGAGGGGUGGUCGUCUGAGAGUCGAGGUUCGUAAUGGAAAACAGUGGCCACCUUCCGCUCUGAACAAAACUGCAACUUGCGACACGCAAACUGAAGAUGAGCCUUGCUAUUUGGCAGGGGAUGUCAGAGCCAAUCAAAAUCCUCAACUGACCGUUCUCCAGAUCAUCCUUCUACGCGAACACAAUCGUCUCGCCGAUAAUCUCGCGCAAAUCAAUCCUCACUGGCCCGAUGAAACCUUGUACCAAGAAGCGAGACGCAUAAACAUCGCUCAACACCAGCAUAUCACCUACUACGAGUGGCUAGUACUUCUGAUUGGUGGCGAAAAUUUAGAGUGCAAUAAAAUAAUUUACGACACCAAAGGAUACGUCAACGACUAUUCGCCGAAGAUAAAUCCUAGUGUCCUCAACGAGCACUCGAACGCAGCUUUCAGAUAUUUGCAUUCACUCAUCGCCGGAUAUCUACAAUUGGUGAACGAGCACAGACAAGCGUACACGUACAAUUCCCUACGACUCAGCGAUUACUUGAACAGACCCGGAAUCAUUGAGGAGGGCAACAAUAUGGAUGAUCUCACUCGGGGACUUGGGUGUCAAUCGGAAAAAGCUAGCGACCCGAAUUUCGACCCCGAGAUCACAAGGUACCUUUUCCGAAGUGGACGACCGUUCGGUGGCAAUCUCCAAGCCAUCGAUAUUCACAGGAGCAGAGACCACGGUCUCGCCUCUUACAACCAAUAUCGUCAGUACUGUGGCCUUCCGAGAGCUCGUCAAUGGUCAGAUUAUACCGACUACAUAUCUCCGGAAACCGUCGCGACACUUGCCCAACUGUACGAAAGUUACGAGGAUGUGGACCUCACAGUUGGAGGCUCCCUGGAAAGACACGUGGAAGGUGCGCUGGUUGGACCAACUUUCCUCUGCAUCCUUGACGAACAAUUUUACCGAACGAGGGUUGGGGAUCGAUACUGGUUCGAAAAUUCCGAUUACGAAGUGGGAUUCACACCUGAACAAUUGGCCGAAAUUCGAAAGGCUAGCUUUUCGAAAUUGAUGUGUGACAACGGUGAUAAUAUCCAACUUAUGCAGCCCAGAGGAUUUGAACAAAUUUCCGACACAAAUCCACUUCUGAAGUGCUCGGAUAUACCCGGCAUAAAUUUGUUGUAUUGGAAAGACGCCGAUCCUUACUACCGCGGGUGAAAUGAGCGCCCUGACGUCACCAAGUCACUAGAAUAGAGUGAUUCGAUAAGAUGAAUUGUUUUGUUGCUCACUAUGACAAGUUGAGUUGAGCCUAUUAAUUGCCAAACAUUAUAUAUCGCGAGCGAGCAUUAAUUUAUGUAAAACUAUUGUAUAAAAUUUCAUAGUAUACCUACGUCCUUACAUACAUGUGUAGAUUAUAUGUCAUCUAAAAAUGUUGAAGUGAUUACAGUUAUAAUUAUAAAUUAGGUGUGUAAAUAUAAAAUCUACCGGUAUUAUAAUCAUAAUUAAAAUUAUAAUACAUUCGUGUUUA